AUGGUGAAGGCUUUCUUCUGUGGGCAUGAACUUCCCAAAUUUGUGACUCACACAAAUUUAGUUCUAUUACCUAAGAAGAAAGUUUUGCAUACUUUUUCAGAUUUGAGGCCAAUAAGUUUGAGCAAUUUCACCAACAAAAUUAUAUCGAGGGUUGUUCAUGAGAGACUGGUAGAUAUCAUGCCUAAUGUUAUUUCGGAUGAACAAGCAGGGUUUGUAAAAGGAAGAAGUAUUGUAGAAGAUGUAUUGCUUACUCAAGAAAUAAUCACUGACAUCAGAUUGAGAACAAAGGUAGGCCCUAAUGUGGUACUAAAGCUUGGCAUGAUGAAGGCUUAUGAUAGAUUAUCCUGGUUAUUCCUCACCAAAGUAUUGAGGAAAAUGGGGUUCUUAGAAAGAUUUAUUGGCCUAAUGUUUGGUAUUGUCUCUAACAAUUGGUAUUCAGUACUUGUUAAUGGCCAACCUUAUGGUUUCUUCAAGUCGACUAGAGCAAUGUCUAGGGGAUUGAAUGCAUUGCAUAUGAACUUGUAUUUCUGUGGUUUUGGAUUGCCUAAGUGGAGUCCUAAGAUUAAUCAUCUUGCUUAUGCAGACGAUACAAUCAUAUUUUCAUCAUCAGAUGCCAUGUCUUUGAGAUUAAUUAUGGAGGUUUUGAAGUCCUAUGAAAUAGCUUCAGGUCAAUUGAUCAACACGACCAAAUCUGCCGUAUAUGUUCAUCAUUCAACAAAUGAAGAAGUUGUGAGGAAAAUUGAAAGGAUUACUGGAUUAGGGAGGAAAGAAUUUCCGUUUACAUACCUUGGAUGCCCCAUAUUUUAUUCACGAAGGAGGAUAGAUUUUUAUGAGGGUUUGAUCACCAAGGUGCUUGACAGAAUUCAAACGUGGAAAGGAAAGCUCUUAUCAAUUGGAGGAAGGGCAGUAUUUAUCACAAGUGUUCUACAAAGCAUGCCCAUUCAUUUACUAUCAGCUGUGAACCCACCUGCCAAUGUGAUCAACAAAUUACAUAAACUCUUUGCUAGGUUCUUCUGGAGCAAUUUGAUAGAUGGUAGAGCUAGACAUUGGGCCUCAUGGGAUACCCUAUGCUUGCCUUAUGAUGAAAGAGGUUUGGGAUCUCUAUAUUUUAUCACACCUCCAGAUUUCUUUUGUGAUGAAACAAUAAAUAAUGUUAACGAUGUGGUGAUAGAAGGAAGGUGGAAUGAUGAGAGGAUUAAGGAAAUACUUCCUAAUGAUUUGGCUACUCAUAUUCUGGAGAACAUUCCAUGCCCAGCUAGGUAUGAUGAGCUGGACAAGCCCGUCUGGAGUCUAGAAGUUAAGGGGAAUUUCAGUGUGAAAUCCGCAUGGGAAUACCUGAGAAGGAGAAGAGAUACUUCCAUUACGUAUGCUAAUAUAUGGGUUAAGGGUUUGCCUUUUAAAAUAUCGUUCUUUAUGUGGAAGCUAUGGAAAGGAAAAUUACCUCUUGAUGAUACAUUGAGAAGAAUGGGGUACUUUAUGCCAUCAAAAUGUUGGUGUUGUAUAAUGCCAAAUGAAGAAUCAGUGGGGCAUAUCUUCUUUCGAUCAUUCACUGCCUCAAGAGUAUGGAAUUAUUUCUUUUCAUAUGCUGGCUUAUCUUUGGAGGGAUUAACCUUGUAUCAAGCUAUUGUGAAGUGUUGGACAGUGAAGGUAAUUCCUAGACUGAAACCUAUUUUUCAAGCAUUACCUAGUAUCAUUGUCUGGGAGCUAUGGAAAAGAAGAAAUAGUAAUAAGCAUGGAGAGCCAGUGACUACUAAUCGAGUGGUGUACCAAGUUUGCACUACUAUCCAGUCUCUCAUCAAGGUGAGAAAGCCAAGAAUAGUUCAAGUGCCAUUUAGAUGGCCAAAUAUACUUAGAAUGAUGGAGAAUUACACUCCUAGGCUGAAGAUAAGCAAGGUUCUAUGGGAGUUUCCUAUGCAUGGAUGGACAAAAAUCAACACAGAUGGAGCUUCAAGGGGUAAUCCAGGGAGUUCAAUUGGAUUUUGCUUGAGGAAUGAGCAUGGUGACUUGAUGUAUGCGUGUGGUAAGGAAAUCCAACAGGUGACAAACACUCAGGCAGAAUCGAUGGCAAUACUGGAGGCUUUGAACUAUUGCGUAGAUAAUGAGAUUUCUAACAUAUGGUUUCAAACUGACUCUAUGUUGCUCAAGAAUGUGAUUGAGGGGAAUUGA